CAUUUUUCUAUUAAAAAAAUGAAUGUUAAAGUAGUUUCAACUUCGAGCAUUGAGAGAGACUUCUCAAUAAAAGGGACUAAUUUUGGUGAUCUAAUAGAUGAAUUAGAGGGCAAUUCAAAAUUUUAGGACUAUUAAUUUAUUUAUAAUGGAAAUUUAUUAUCAAAUAUAGCAAAAGGCACAAAGCUUUAAAAUAUAUGUUAAGACAAUGGAGGAUCAAUAUAAAUCUAAGUAUUAUAUAAGUCUAUGAAAGAAAAAAUAAAUCGACAAUCCAUCCAAAAUAUAGCCCAAUCCCACCUCCAUCCCCAUCCCAAAAACCAUAGUCCCACUAGUGGAUCAAUCCCCCCCCCCAUAGCCUUAACCAAAUGAUGUAUGGACUACUAUGGUUUAACCAACUGGAAACGAAAUUCCUCCCCCUAAUUCUAAUAGCUAAAUUCACCCAGUUAUUCCACCUCAACCAAAACCAAAUUUUGUCAUUUCUGGCUCUACUAUUGGUAAUAGUGGUUUUUUACCUCCUAAUCCUGUUCCUUCUAAUUAUAAUCCCCAAAAAAACGUCCCACAACCUGCAGCAUUUACACCACCAUUCCUAUAGCAACCUACUAAAAUUCCAAAUCAAUUUCCUAUUAAUCAACCACCUAUUAUACAACCAACUAUUAUACAACCACCUUAAUCGUUAAGAAAAGAAGUACCAUAUAGAGCUUAGAUUAAUGACGAGUAGAAUAUAUAUUAAUUUUUAGAUAAAAGAUUAUUAAUGAUUAUAGAAUUAAAAUUACAGAUAAAGGAAAUAGAGUAGAGUUAAUAAAUGAGAAAUAUGAUAUGAAGGCGGUAUUUUUAGAAGAAAAUGCAAAUGAAGUAAUUUAAGUUAAUAUCUACUAGAAAAUAUAAACAGAAAUAAAAUCUUAAUUAACAAAAGAUCUCUAUGCUUAAGAUAUAAAACUUGUUGUGAAAUGUCUAGUUGGGGAAUAAAAUUAAUCAACUAAAGUUAUUUUUAAGAAAAAUUUAGAUGGUAUAGCCAUUUAAUGGGCGACUGGUUUAAUAACAUUGUUUGAUUUUGAUUUGGCUAUUUGAAAUAAUAAAUCAAAAUAAAAAAAAUAUUAAAUUAUUC